CAUUGAGGCUGCACACAGUAGUAUCAAGGUGGUCAUCAGGUUCAGAGAAUCAAUAUUUUUUAUCAAGCAGCAAGACAAGGUGAGGGUACCAUGUUUAUGUUGAAGAUCUCUGCCUUCCUUGUCGCUUAUGCCGCAGUCGUGUGCCAGAUGUCCAGCUCAAACGCUGCCCCAGCAAGACCUGGUUCAGAGUCUCUGACAGACAGAUUUGCACUCAUGGACUACGAAGCACGAAGAUUACUGAGUGCUAUAGUCAAAAAUGUAGUGCAGAUGACGGCAGAGGAACUGGAGCCAACGAAUGAUGACAACAGCCAGGGCAGAUUCCUGUCCAAGCGUUGCUCCAAUCUCAGCACCUGCGUGCUGGGAAAACUCUCCCAGGAGCUGCACAAAUUACAAACGUUCCCGCAGACGGACGUGGGCGCCGGUACGCCCGGCAAGAAACGCAGCCUGCUCGAGGGCAAUCAGUUUACAAGCUACGAAGAAACGUUUAACGCCAUCUAACCCUAACUGUGUGUUCUACGGUCCCGUUGCAUGUGGAUUCUGCCUGCUUGACUGAUCGCACACAAACAGCUGGUUGCAGUGGUCUUUUUUUUCUUUCUUUCUUUUGGCAGAGAAAGGCAUGUUAAAAAUCUAGAUAAAAUUUCUUCUGUACAGUCAAAUUCAG